AUGGAGGACAAGGUCAACCUGGAGAAGAUGAAGAAGGAUAUGUAUCUUACAGUUCACUUGAAUGCCCUUGCAGUCAAAACUCGUAUUCGUGACCACCUUCAUCAAUGCAAGUUUGAGUUGGAGAGACUCAAGAGAUCAUACAGAGCAACAAUCAAUGCUGAGCACAAGCUUCAUGCCAAUACUCAACAGUCAAUCAAGUGGCAAGAGCCUGGCAUCCUCAAAUUAGUUUCAAUGUACAAUGCACCUCCUUAUGCUAUUAUGCCUCACAUCAUCCCACGUGAUGGCAUCUUUCUGCUUGAUGUUGGGCUUGAUGAUGACACUAUGGUUAAUUGGUGUGUGGAGGAGGAAGCUCAACUAAUGCAUGAGAGGGCUGUCAUUCAAGAAUGGAUGUUGGCAGAGUGGGGGGCAAUAAGAGGUGCCUCUAACAAUGCAGUCUGGAAGAAAAAGGUUCAGUGUAUUCCUUGCACAUGGCCAGUUGGUGAGAGCUGGGGACCCUCUGAUGGAGCAUUGCUUCAGGCUGCUUGUGAUCAAGCACAGUCAUCCUUUCGUGAUGAGGAUGAUGCCGAGAGUGUGGAAGGGGAGGAAGGUGAUUGUGAGGAAGACCUGGAAUAUGGUGAGAUUGGAGACAAGGAACUGAUGGAUGCUAUUGAAGACAUUGCACUAGUGGACGAGUACAGAUGUGUGAGAAUAUAUUAUACAGUAGCAACCAAUGGAGUACUUGAAGAAUUGGACAUGGUGUCUUCCUAA